AUGUCUACGAUCGUAUAUCUUGCUGAUAGUUUUCUCACGAAUCCUUCGUAUCGAGCGCCAUUAUCCUUAUUGAAAGGCUUAAGACAAGGUAUUGUUUAUGGGGCGAAAGUUCGCUUUGCUCAUUCGCUCGUUCAAGCAUUUCUCUUUCGACAUGAACCAUGGUCGAAACGAAUGCGUUUCGUCCUUCGUAUGACUUAUAUUCAUGCGAAAAAUCUCGGUCUAUUCGUGUUUUUCUAUAAAACAUUGCGAACCAUACUUUCAACCGUCUUUCACCUAUCAAAACCCUGGUGCGCUUUCCUUUCGGCAUUCGUCGUCGGCUAUUUCGUUUUUCAUGAACGUAAUAGUAUCAAUGAACAGAUUAUAUUUUAUCUGUUGGCACGGAUUGUCGUUGGUUUAGCGCGUUAUGCACAAAAACAAACAUGGUUGCCACAUUCUAAACGACCUGUUUUUCCGUGGUUUGCAGCAUUUGUUUGGGGUACGGUGCUCUGGUUAUUCGAAUGUCAUCGCGAGACAUUACAGCCGUCAUUAACACGGUCGAUGGUAUACUUGUACGAAAAUUCUAACCGGUGGUCAUCAUUACACAAUUAUUUUCUUCGUGAUGUAUCUUCAUAG